AUGGCCAAGAGGCAAACUGCUGUGAUUGGAGCUGGAAUUAGUGGACUGGGUGCCACUAAGUGCUGCUUGGAUGAAGACUUGGAGCCCACCUGCUCUGAAAGAAAUGGCGAUAUUGGAGGUCUCUGGAAAUUUCAAAAAAGUACUUCGGAGAAAAUGCCCAGCAUCUACAAAUCAGUGACCAUCAACACUUCCAAAGAGAUGAUGUGCUUCAGUGACUUCCCCAUACCUGAUCAUUUUCCUAACUACAUGCACAACUCCAAAUUCAUGGACUACUUCAGAAUGUAUGCCAGACACUUUGGCCUCUUGAAAUACAUUCGUUUCAAGACCAAAGUGCGCAGUGUGAGAAAACGUCCAGCUUUCCCCUUCAGCGGACAAUGGGACGUUGUUGUGGAGGCUAAUGGAAAACAGGAGGCUUUGGUCUUUGAUGGGGUCUUGGUCUGCAGUGGACAUCACACAGAUCCCUACUUACCACUUCAGUCCUUCCCAGGCAUUGAGAAGUUUGAAGGCUGUUAUUUCCACAGUCGGGAGUAUAAAAGCCCUGAGGACUUUUCAGGAAAGAGGAUUAUAGUCAUUGGCAUUGGGAAUUCUGGAGUGGAUAUCGCAGUGGAGCUCAGCCAUGUAGCAAAACAGGUAUUCCUCAGUACUCAACGAGGAGCGUGGAUUUUACACCAUGUUUGGGAUAAUGGGUUUCCCAUGAAUAGUUCAUUCUUCACCCGGUUCAAUAGUUUUUACCGGAAAAUAGCAACUACAGCAAUAGUAAAUAAAUAA